GGCGUGCGCGGCCGCAGCGCUACGCGAGGACGGGGAUCCAGUGCGGCCUGCGUGCAGCGCCGGCCGCCAUGGCCGGCGACGUGAAGACGAAGUUGUCCAAGAACCUGCUGCGCAUGAAGUUCAUGCAAAGGGGUUUGGAUUCACAAACUAAAAAACAACUAGAAGAGGAAGAAAAGAAGAUAAUUAGUGAAGAACACUGGUAUCUUGAUUUACCAGAUCUAAAGGAGAAAGAGAGUUUUAUAAUAGAAGAGAGGAGCUUUAUGCCAUGUGAGGAUCUACUUUAUGGCAGAAUGUCCUUCAAAGGAUUCAACCCAGAAAUCGAGAAGUUAAUGAUCCAAAUGAAUUCCAAGUGCAAAGAAAAAGAAAUUGAAGUGGAUGAGAAAAUGGAGGCCGAUGUGUCAGAUGAAGAAAUGGCCAGAAGAUAUGAAACAUUAGUGGGAACAAUAGGGAAGAAGUUCAUGAGAAAAAGAGACCAGCGUGUACUCCAGGAUGAAGAUGAAGAUGGGAGUAGUAGCAUAAGACCUAGCAAGAAAGCUAAGAAGAAGUUCUUAAAACCUCAGGAUUAAUGUCAGUGGCACAAUUGGACCUAUAGAAGUGUUGCCUACCAAAUACAACAUCAUGGACUGGAGAUUAUUUGGAGUUUUUGCCAUUUAAUGUAAAGGAGAGAUUUGUAACUCUUGAGUCUGUUCUCACUGAAAGUUCGACCAUCCGCAUGAGAAACAUAUUUCCACGUGGAUGUGUGUAUAAUGGAUGUCAUACAUCCUGUCCUCUCAGCAGCUUUUAAUGUGUGGGGCACUAAUCCCAUCAGUCUUUUUAAAUGUUGUGGGUAGCUAGAUGAUGUGUCACAGGCAAUUGAGCAACAAUGUUUACAAUUUACGAGAGCAUCCGGAAGAAGUAUUUGGAGCUCAGAUGAGCUUUGUCCAACCCAGUAAGGCGGUUC